AUGCGCCACGGCGCCGAGCGUGGCGGCCGGGUCGCGAUGCGCGGCGUUCUGUGUGCGCCGGCGGCCGGGGCCGUCCGGACGCUGAGGUUCGUGCGCUGGACUUCGCGCGCCCAGCCGCCGCCGGGUGGCCGAGCGCAGGCCCCGCCCGCGGCCGAGGAAGAGGACGACCCUGACCGUCCCAUUCACUUUUCCUCCAGCCGAGCCCACCCGUCCCGCUGGACGGUGCAGCAUUCCCUGGGGAAGGAGCAGCAGCGGGCCUGGUGGAGGGUGUUGCCCUUCAGCCUCUCUCUCAUGGCUCUGGUCUUCUGGUGCUUCCUGCGGCAGGAGACCGGCGCGGACCGGAGGCUGAAGCAAGUGUUCGGGGAAGAGGAGGCGGAGCCCGGCGAGGGUUCGCAGGAGCCUGGAGCUCCGGCUGCCCACCAGGCGAGGACUUAGCGGGAUGGCGGCGCGGGGACAGCGGGGGACGCGGGGCUGGCGGCGAGGGGACAGGCCGCCGCCCCGACGCUUUGGCCAUCGGGUUUGGCGAUUCUGCCGCCGUUGCGCGCGUCAGUGGAGUGAAGAACUCGGCGCACCGGGCCGCCCUGACCCGCGUGGAAGGCGGAGCGGAAGGCCAUCCUGUCGGGGCCGGCUCUCGGCCGGACCCUGAUACCCAUCGGAUACGUCCAGAGGACAUGGCGUUUCCAGAUGCUCGGGAGAAGCCUCGGUUGCGUCGUGCGCUUUUGGAUUUGUGAUGUGUCUUUCUACGGCGCGAUCGCGUUUCCGAAGCGGUGCCGGUGACACUCGUGAUCCCCGGAUCCAGUUCGCGGGUCUUUUGUUUUCGGGGACGGAACAGCUGGCGAAAGAGUUAACCUUCCGAUUUGCAGUGUACUGUAGUGCGUAGAAAUUGUUUUACAAACUAAUUAACAGUACAUUUUAAUUUGGUAAUGUGGAAUUAAGCCGAUCCCCUCCCCUUGUUUGCGUUUCAUUUUAGAAAAAUAGAGGGGGAGACUUUUAGUCCUUUCCAGUUCCUUUGUUCUUCUGUUUUUCCAGAGUUGGAACUGAGGGAAGAAAUGUGAAUGUAAAUUGUGGAGUUUACAAAAGGAUGCCGGAAAUAAUGAACUACAUCAGCUCUACAGAAUUUUAGGUGUAACAGUUUUCUGGUGACAGAAAAAGGUCACCAGAUUUUCUGAAUAGAAUAAGACUGAUAAGUAUUUCUUUUUAUUUUUAA